UUUGAUGGAGCAACGUGUUGGAAACAAAUUGCAGUUUCUUCACUACACACUGCAGGCCGCUCGCCGACGACUGUGUGCCGUCGCCACUAAAGAAAAACAAGAAGCUCACCAAACUGGAAUCCCGUUGAUAGUUCCACCCCACGUUAUUGCAAAGGCUUUCAUAGUGCACCCAUCGACCACAAGCGCGUUUGACGCCUCCUCGAAAUACCAGUGGCUCACCAAAACCAAGUUAUUCGAAGGGCUCCCAGCUCCCUUCUCGAACGUAGACACAUUUUUCAAUGAUGAAGAAUGUGUUGCUCUUAAAAACAAAUUUAAGAAAUCCGUUCUGCAAAAUUAUGCUUUUCGCAAAGAAGGCAAAAGCCGGAAUCAUAGAUUUGAACAGAAAGGCGAGGAAAUUAGGCUGGGAGUUCUGCAAGAUUUGCUGAGGUUUGGUUGGUCUUUUUCGGAUCGUUUCCUUCAUUUGAGUGAUUGCUUUCUCGAUUUUAAACCCAAGAUCAGGAUUCACUGGGUGAGGCACCACAAUUUUUAUCAACCAACCUUGUUCUUAGGGCCUUUUCCCUCAAAAGGGCAAAAGCCCCGGGAACGAGAUUGA